CCGUUUAGUGGUGGUGGAUGAUAGAUAAAGAGGCGCGGUGGGUUUCUUAGGGUUUUGUUGGUAUCGCGAUUGAUUCUUUGGACAGCGAGGAGGGGAAAAGAGGACGAGCUCUCCGUGUGCAGGGACGGUGACGAGGAAGUAUGGAUUCCCGGAAGCUAGAAGGGAAGACCGACUCCCGGCCUAGCGGUGGCGGAAGCGUUAGCGGUCGACCGGUGGCAUCUGCGCCGCCGCCCGGUAUUAUACCCGUCCAUCGGUUCAUCGUUCCCAAACCCGAGCCGAUGGAGAUGAUGGGGUUGGGGGCGUUCCAGAUCCUUCGGCGACCAGCAUCACGGAAUAAGGACCGGCACACCAAGGUGGAGGGCCGGGGCCGGCGGGUCCGGAUGCCGGCGGCCUGCGCCGCUCGGAUCUUCCAGUUGACGCGCGAGCUUGGUCACAAAUCCGAUGGCGAGACCAUAAAAUGGCUCCUCGAGCAGGCGGAGCCGGCGAUCAUUGCCGCCACCGGCACCGGUACCGUCCCCGCCAUCGCUACCAACGUCGGCGGGACGCUCCAGAUUCCCACCGAGGCGUCGUCCUCUGCGCCGCUGACCUCUACAUCGGCCCCCGCAGCGGACGGCGGAGAUGCGCCCAACAAGCGGCGGAAGAAGCUUCAACCGUCGCGAAGCGAGGGCAGCGUCGCCGGUUACUUCCCCCUCCAAGACCCGCUGCUGCCGGGUGGCGGCACCAUCUCGAUACCGGCGGGACUGGCCCCCUUGGGCGCGAGCGGGACGCAAGCGGUGAUCCCGGUCUGGGCGAUGGGGGGAGGCGGCGGUGCAACGGGAUCGAUGGCGAUACAGCCGGGGGCGCUGUGGAUGGUGCCACCCUCGGCUGCCGUGGCGGCGGCGCCAUCGAGCCAGGCGCAGAUCUGGGCGCUUCCGCAGGGGCCUCAGAUUAUCAAUCUGGCGUCGGCCCAGCCAAUUUCCACAGCCACGGUGCUCCCUAUGGACUUAGCGGGCACACCGGCCGCAGGAGGGAAGCAGGAGUUGCAGUUGAUGUCGGGGGCCGGCGUGCAGUGCCCCCGACAUCAACAAUCAGCAGACGACGAUGAAGAGGAGGAAGACGACGACGACGACGACAGCAGUCACGACGAUUAGUAUCAGGAUUAGGAUUAGUAUUAGAAUAAGGAUUAGACUCUUUAACAUUGAAGGGGUGCAAUUCUCGUUUGGUUAAUUGUAUUUUUCGUAACUCUUUGGAUAAAACCCUCGUCUUACUUGUGGGACC